GACGUCAGCGAGCGAGCGACCGCCUUCCUCGGAGCAAACAUGGCGGCCGCCAUGCAGCUACGAUGCUGGGGUGGCGACUGGGGCCUGCCGUCGGUCCACAACGAGUCCCUGGUCGUCCUGGCCUAUGCCAAAUUUUCCGGGGCCAAAGUGAACGUUUCUCCCAUCGACUGGACAUGGAAAACUCUGACAGCGACGGUGCCCGAGCUGGUCUGUGGCGACACGUCAGUGAAAGAACCCUCACAGAUUCUCAACUUCCUGCGAAAGCAGAGGUUUAACGCCGACUACGAGCUGAGCGCCCGUCAAGGCGCCGACACCAUGGCGUACAUCGCUCUCCUCCAGGAGAAACUGCAGCCCGCACUGUUGCACACUUUCUGGCUGGACGCGGAAAACUACGGCAGCGUGACACGGCCGUGGUUUGCCUCGCGGUCGCCGUUCCCCCUGAAUUUCCUCGUGCCCGGUCGCCACGCCGACAGCGCCCGCUCCCGCAUCCUGCUGACCAGAGGGGAGUCGCGGCAGUGCAGAAUCACCGAGCUGGAAGGAAAGGUAAAGAAAGGAGGCUUCAAAAAUUUUAAAACUACGUUAAAAAAAAAAACAGAAUUUGUACUCGUUAUAUUGUCCCCGCUGUAUCAGCUGUACGGUGACGCCAAGGAGUGCCUGAAUCUACUCUCCUACAGACUGGGAACAGCAAGCUACUUCUUUGGAAACUUGCCGACCAGCCUGGACGCUUUUGUGUUCGGGUUUGUGGCGCCGCUGCACAAGGCCCGCCUCCCCAACAGCCCCCUGCAGAGCCACCUCAGGCAGCUGGAGAACCUCACGCACUUCUGCGACAACAUCCUGGCAGACUAUUUCAACUCCGCACAGCCGUGUCUUCCCCCAUCUGUUCAGGAAACAAUGGACGCCAACCUCCAGAAACUAACUCAGCUUGUAAACAAAGAGUCCAACUUGAUAGAAAAGAUGGAUGACAACCUUCGCAGCAGCCCUCAGCACAAACCUCACCGGCCAGAGCCCAAACCCGGUCUGCUCGUGGAAAAAAGCUCAGCACCUGCCUAACUCGUGACCUCUGACCUUUCCCCCCUACCACACCCUACGCAUAAUCCUGCCUUCUGAGCGGAGGGAAGACCACCUCGUAGGUAACUGACCGUGUUUAGAAAAAAAAACCCUAGCAGCAAUUUGAAAGUCAUGAUGAUGGCUUUCAAAGAUGUCUGUGCGAAAGAGGAGAAUGUACGGCAAAAUCUCG